AUGGCCCAAGAUCCUCGCGCUCUCCUGCAAAAGGCAGAAAAAGCAGUUUCUGCCGCAGGCGGUGGAUUUAGUCUCUUUGGCGGGCGACAAGAAAAAUGGGAGAAUGCUGCAGACCUCUAUACUCAAGCUGCAAAUGCAUGCCGCCUACAGAAGCAAAAUAAAGAAGCCGGUCAAGCAUUUGAGAAAGCCGCAGAUAUUCAAACCAACAAACUAAACGAGCCUGAUGAUGCCGCCAAUACCCUCACAGAAGCAUUUAAAGUCUAUCGAAAGACGGAUCCUCUCGAUGCAGUACGAUGCCUGGAUAUUGCUAUUGGAACUUAUACUGGAAAGGGUAAUUUCAGGAGAGCGGCUACCCACAAACAAAAUCUGGCAGAAGUGUACGAGGUCGAAAUCGGGGACCAAAAGAAGGCGAUGGAGAGCUACGAGUUGGCAGCAAGUUGGUUUGAGACCGAUAAUGCUGAAGCACUGGCAAACAAGCUCUAUCUAAAGGUAGCUGAUCUCGCCGCUCUAGAGACGGACUAUUAUAAGGCCAUCGAGAACUUCGAGAAGGUUGCCGCCUCGUCCGUCUCGAACAACCUUAUGAAAUGGUCUGUGAAAGAGUACUUUUUGAAAGCUGGGUUAUCCCAUCUGGCAGUUGGCGAUAUGGUGGCUACAAACCGGGCGUUUGAGAAGUAUCGAGAGAUGGACCCGACUUUUCCAAGCAUGAGAGAGCAUCAGUUGUUGAUCGACCUAGCUGAGGCAGUCGAGGCCGGUGAUCAGGAGAUAUUUGCGGAUAAGCUGUUCCAAUUUGAUCAAGUGAGCAAGUUGGACAAGUGGAAGACUACCAUCUUGUUGAGGAUCAAGAGUGCUAUUGAGGAGAAGGGCGAUGACUUCUCUUGA